AUGGCCACUCUUCAUUAUUUACUUGGAGAUUUUCUUCAACUCGGUCAUGGUUUCCGGCGUCAACACGGUCUGGGCCAAACCGGCCUCUUGCAUCUUCUUGAAGGCAAAGCCCACGUGCUCCGAAAAGCCCAAGUGGGCAAACGCAAACGCCACAUAUGCCCAAACAUUGGCCGAAUCCUCGUUGAUGUAGGUGUUCAACUUCAAGUACCAGAGAAUGCGGAUGGCAGUGGACCAGUCGCCUUCAGCCAAGCUUUUCUCGACCUCGGCAAAAGAUUCAGCCGUGGCACUGUCUCUGCCGCCCACAGGAGUCUUGGUGGCGGCUUUAUCAAACGGCGUGUCGAAUUCACAAGGCAGCUUCUUGUUGGGGGCAAUCUUCUUGCCUGCAGGCAAUGGGUCUGGUCUGGCCUUGACGUUGCCAGGAACACCCUGGUUGAUUUGGGCUUUGAAACUAUCGGGAACGGGCAUGAAGGAAGAAAGGUGUUUUAG